AUGUUGAAGAAUACACACUAUUUGGUCGAUGAACCACUUGCAACUGAAGAUAUUCUUAGUGAUAGAGGAAUUGUUGAAAUGUUUUUAGAAGAUGCGCAAAUUGAAGCUGAUAAUGUUUCAGAUCCUAUUACUACCGAU